UCCUCAAGCAUGCUAUGUCCAAGCGUACCAAGCUGUCCUGAAAAACUGUGAAAGAGCUAUCAGAUAAUGCAGUACCUGCAAAACGUUGCAGGCUGCAAAUUACCAUUGGGAAAUAAUUUAGACGAUGUAUUUCUGCGACUGGACCCUAGCAACGAGCAGCGUGUGCAGGCUUUGGUGUGCGAUGCGGUUCUGCGCCCGCUGCUCGGAACCGAUGCGCGCUGGGGCUUCUCGCUAGGCGAUCCCAUCGACCUGUUCUGGGCAGGCGGCAGUGGCGCCGGGCCACGGCGGUGCUUCAACAGCGAACGCAGGGAUUUCAACGAUUUCUGCUGGGACCCCUGGUCGGCCGCGCUGUACUUUGUGUGCGGUAAGGCAGUGCUGAAGCUGCUGGGCGAUGAGGUGGAGCUGGUGGCGGGAAGCAUACUGGAAGAAGGCGAAGCGGACGGCGAGGGCCCAGCGGCCCGUUUCUAUUGGCCGCACACGCUUGUGUCCGACGGCGCCGGUAGCCUGUUGGUCGUCGAUGGAGGUAAUUUACGUCGCAUCCGGAGGCUGCAGCUUCCAGCAUCAUGGCAGUGGGCGGGUAUCACUGCUGCCGCUACAGGUGGCACGGCGGCAGGUCCCCGGAUGCCCGCUGGCACGGCCGCAGCAGCGGGAGGGGCAGUAGCAGCCGCAUCGGCAGUCACGGUCACAACUUUGUUGACAGGCGUACCUGACUACCUAUACAGCGCAUCCCGCGUGUCAUCGCAGCCGCAGCCGCAGGAGCAGCAGGGGCCUGCUGCGGGGGAUGGUCAGGGCGCAAGCAGCUGCAACGGCAGUAGCAUCGGCGGCGGUGGCGGUGCAGGCGGCGGGUGGGUGGUGUACGCCAUAAAGGACGGUUUCUACCGCCUGCCGCUCCCACUGCCGCCGCCGCAGUCUGUCCUGCCGGCACCUGCGCCUGCAACUGCAGCUGCUGCUGCUUCCGGCGGCGCGGCGACACCACUGGCCUUGCAACGCCUGGAGCUGACUGAUGCCGGUCCGGGCGCGAGGCCUGAGUUAGAGUUUGGGGACUUGCAGGGCAAUGCGCAAGCCGUGGACGCCGAAGGAUCCAUUUACGUCGUGUAUUCUGACCGCCUGUGCCGUGUGUCACCAGGAGGCCGUGUAGAGACACUCGUGACGGGGUUGCUGGAGUGUGCUUCAUGCCACGCCGUCCUGCCAAACGGGUUCCUGGCCCUCGGCGCACCUGACAGCCUCAUUCUGCUGGACCUCGGGUUGCAGCCGCUACUGCCACAGAUGCCUGUUACAGCAGCGGCACCGGCUGUAGCUGCGCCGCCGCCGCCGCGCAGCCUGCCCGCCGACCUGGGUGCGCUGCUGGACGCGCAGCCCGACGGCACCGCAGACCUCACCGUCCGUGUGAGCGAGCGCCGCUUCCACUGCCACCGCGGCAUCCUGUCCGCGCGCUGCGACUACUUCAGGCAGCGGCUGGUGGGCGACGGCUUUGCGGAUGCGCGCGCGGCGGAGCUGGAGCUGCCGGAUGCGGACGCCGACGCCUUCGCGCUGCUGCUGCGGUGGCUGUACACUGGGAGCGCCACCGUAGCGGUCGAUCAGGCGUGCGGCGUGGCUGAGCUGGCGGACCGGCUGCUGCUGCCGGAGCUGCUUGGUGUGGCGCUGGCGGUGGUGGCGGAGUCCGUGUCGGCCGCGACGGUGAUUGACAAGCUGCUGUGGGCCGCGGGCUGCUGUGAGACGCGCGGCGAGGGCUUUGGCGGCCUGCUGGCGCAGCUGAAGGCGUGGUACGUGCAGCACCACGAGCAGGUGGCGGCGGAGGCGGGUGCCGGCCGCAAGCGCCUGGCGUCAGAGGCGCCUGACCUGAUGAUAGAGCUGAUGGACGCGGUGGCGGUGUGGUGUACGGAUGCGGGGGUCAAGCGGGCCAGGCGCAGCUAGCGGCUAAGCGGCAUGGCUGGACCAGGACUUGACGAGCUGGCUAGCUGUUCGAGAGUGUGGGUAUCCGCCGUACAUACUGUGCAUUUAUCUUAGGGCCUAGUAGCGGAAUGCAUCUUUCCUAGGGUCUCAUGACGGUAGGGCGAAGCACAGGGUCUUUCUUGGCCGGCAUGGCCCGGCAGCAGCCGCAAAGCGUGCACGAGAGGCGAGAGGGAGAGGUGGAAAUUACAAUCGCAUGCCGACUUCCCGUGUUGUGAGCUUCUCUUGGCGUGUGAAAUAGAGAUAGAAAUAGAUACACCCUGCUGUAGGCAAGUGGUGUACAUUAAGGGAGUGGGGGGGGGGAUGAGGAGGUGGGCCAGGCCCUCUUGGCGUGUGUAUACGGUUGUUGAAGAACUUGUAGGAUGUUUUUGCGAUUAGGCCAGGAGUAGGCGCUCACGGUGGAACUUGCUGAGGCCUUGGGUACUGGUGGACGGUGGAUGGGGAAGAGCGGGUACGGGGGGGGGGGGUGGCGACACGAUGGUGCAUGCCCUGACAA